AAUUAUCAUACUUGUUACCGAAGAAAUUGAUUUUCCGGGGCUGUCACAACAAGUGGUAGCAUGGCAAAGCAACUGACACGAGAUUUUGUAGAAAGAAGAAUUCACCCCCUUACGAUACAACCCGGUGAAUGGGGAGUAGAAACAAGGGGAAGCAACUAUGAGCUAGAUUUAAAGAUGUGCCAGUUGAGAGAUAUUGUAUUCAGCUUCCACUGGGGAGAUGAAAGGGAGCCACAGGCCAGAUUGUCCUCUGUGAUUGAUACACCCUCUCGUAUCCUCAAAAUGGAUGUAUCUUUAAAUGAGUUGUCUUCCUUAGAGCAUGAGAGUUUCCUACCAUUUCAGAAUCUGCGAGAACUGAAUGCAUCAUUAAACAAAAUAAACAAAUUCAUAGGUAUAGAGGUGUGUAAAAAAUUGUAUUCCUUGAAUUUAUCCCACAAUUCUAUAUCUCAAAUUGAGAACCUUGUGAGAAGUAGUUCCUUGGUUGAGUUGAAUCUCAGCAUGAAUGAACUGGAGGAUAUAUCGUACAUGCCAAGCAUGAUGAACCUGCAGAUCCUUAACUUAAAUAAUAAUAAGAUCAAGUCUCUGGAUGGUGUCCAAGCACUACCACAACUAAGAGAAUUGUACGCACAAAGGAAUGAAGUGACAGAAAUGAUUCCCCUGACCAGCUGCUUUCAUCUACAAAUCCUGAAUUUGUCCGGUAACAGAAUCCACUCCCUUCACAAUGCUGUAGGGGUUCUAGGUCAACUGAAGAGGCUUGAUGUUCUCUCUCUACAUGGUAACCCAAUAGAAAGAGAUAGAAUGUACCAGACUGACAUCUUGAAGGAAACCAGUAUAAAAACCCUGGACAAUAUAGCUGUCCGUCCACUACCUAAACCCACAGUCAGUGUAGAACAUGAUCCCGGUGCUAGUAGACACAUUCAGAACAUCAACGCAUUAAAAGAUGCAGCCAAACAGGCAUUUGAAGAACGUAUGAAAGAAUCCAGAGCCAAGAUGGACGAGAACAUCAACUUUCUACAAAGGAGGAUUGUGAGUCUACAAAAUGAAUACUUGGAUUAUGAGGAAAAGUUAAAGACAGAUCUGGAAGCUUGUUUGAGAUAUCUGGACAAUUUAUCUGCCACUGAAUCAUCAGGAGUACACAGAGAUCAUAUCAGAGAUAGCAUUGGCACACCACAUGGCAAAGUCUGGCAGGGGAGAAAACAUCACCAUCACCACCAUCCAAAGACAGACUACUCCAGUAUCAAGGACACAGAUAGGCUGCUACAGUUUGCUUCAAAAGAACUUUCACGAGAGGGCACAUGACAGAGAUUGUUUGCAUCAUCACAUCACACAAGCCAUUAUUUCUUUCACUGAGCGCAGUAGCCACAUGUUCACAAAACACUGCUUAAGAAACAGAAAGUGUUUUCCUCAUUUGUCCAUCACAUUUAUCACGUAAACCACUGAGGAACCAUCAUCACAGGACAGAAGCUUAAUAUUACAUAUGUAACCAGAACUAAAAUAUAGAAUAUCAAAGUU